GUUUCUUCAGCUGGUGUGUGAACAUGGUUGUUAAAGGUAAAAAAUCAUCUGGGAAAGAGAAAAAUGCACCACGCGGAAAGGGCAAAUUUAAAAAGUUCAGUGAAAAUAAAAACAAAUCAUCAGGUUCUGAAACUCUGAAAAAAUUGAAUGGUGGAGAUGGAAAAGGAAAAUCAAAGUUCAUCACUCAAAAGAAGGAGAAAGAGACAGAAACAAAUAAUCCCAAAAAGCUGGAACAUGGUACUGGAAAAAUAUAUGCCGCAAAGUUCAAGGGAAAGCAGCAGACUGGAAAAAAACGGAAACUGUUUUCUGGAAACAAAGAGGGCACAACAGCGAAGAAACCUAAAUGGGGUGAUUACAAAAAUCAGAAAAAAGAACUAAAGCAAAACAGACAACUGGACAAGAAAACCAAUUAUGAUUUAGUUGUCCGCUCAAAACAUAUAUGGGAAACUGUAAGAAGGAAAGAGUGCAGUAAAGAGAAGAGAGCAGAAUUGAUGAAAGAAUUGCAGAAGUUGGUCCAUGGAAACAUUAAAAAUAUUGCUUUUGCACACGAUUCUGCUCGAGUUAUCCAGUGUUAUGUUCAGUUUGGAGAUGAAAAACAAAGACAAGAGGUCUUUGAGGAAUUGAAAGAGCAUUUGGUUAGUUUAAGCAAAUCCAAAUAUGGCAGACAUAUUGUAAAAAAAAUUCUGAUGUAUGGAACCAAGCAGCAAGUAGCAGAAAUAAUCAAAAGUUUUAAAGGUGAAGUGAAAAAAAUGUUACGACAUUCUGAGGCAUCAGCAAUUGUGGAAUAUGCGUACAAUGACAAAGCGAUAUUCGAACAGAGGAAAAUGCUAACAGAGGAACUUUAUGGAAACAUGUUCAUGAUUUGCAAGUCUGUAUUUUGUCCAACAUUGGACAAAGUUCUGGAAUUCAAUCCUGACAAACGAGAAAGUAUAAUGGGAGAAAUGAAAGAAAUCCUCACUCCUAUGGCACAGAAAGAAGCAGUAAUAAAGCACACGUUGGUACACAAGGCAUUCUUGGACUUCUUCACACACUGCCCUGAGAAAAUGAGAACGGAAAUGAUAGAAGCUGUGCGAGAAGCAGCCAUUUAUAUGGCUCAUACACAUGAUGGAAGCAGAGUGGCAAUGCACUGUUUAUGGCAUGGAACCGCGAAAGACAGAAAGAUUAUUGUGAAAACAAUGAAGACCUACGUAGAGAAAAUUGCCACUGGUGAAUUUUCCCAUUUAGUUCUCAUGGCAGCUUUUGACUGUAUAGAUGACACAAAACUCAUGAAACAGAUCAUUCUAACAGAGAUCAAUGAAGCUUUGCCAAACUUGAUCGACAAUAAAUAUGGCAAGAAGGUUUUGGUAUAUUUACUAAGUCCAAGGGAUCCAGCACAUACCGUGCCAGAGAUUAUUAAACUUCUACAACAAGGUGAUGGAAACACUCACAGUAAGAAGGAUUCAGAUAUUCGUCAGCAUGAACUACUGGCAGCUGUCUCUCCAAGUUUGCUGAAAUACUUACAGGACAAUGCUCGGGAAAUGGUGAUGAAUAAGGCAAAAAGUGUCAUUGUGGCAGAUAUUCUGGGCCAUGCCAUUGGUGAUUUGCAGCCUGCCAUGAAUGCUGUUGUUGAAGUGGCUGCAGAAGUCUUUGUUCCUGGAGGCAGUAAUGGUGAGCUCCAUAUGGUAGAGCACCCUGCAGGGCACCUGGUUCUUAAAUGGUUAAUAGAACAAGAUGGAAAGAUGGAGGAACUUGGAAAGCCAGAGUGCUUUGCAAAGACAUUAGUAGAACGUGUUGGAAUGGAGAGUCUAAAAUCCUGGGUGCAGGUAAACCGUGGAGCUAUUGUGCUUUGUUGUCCUAAUCGAGCAGAAGACAGAAAAACAAGUGUCAAGGGUUAAACACCAAUAAAAACACAAAACUGGCCGAAUUACUUCAGUGUUUUUCAUGAUGUGUUGUUCCACAGGCAUCGAUAAUUGUUCCUCGUUUGAUUUUCCACAGGCAUCGAUCAGGCCCACCUUUUCAGUUCACCCAGAGGAAUUUGGUCGUUCUUAUGGCUUACUUUUUAUUCUUGGAACAUCCAGCAGCUGCUGAUGGGCAGUUCCGCAGGGCCUUUCAAAUCUUCAUGUUGUAAUAAUGACACCCAAACCCCUUCUCACAGAAAACACAGUCCAAAACCCAGUUUAAACUCUCGCUGCUCCCUGACAGACUGACCAUCUCCUCCGCAAGGUUCCAGUCACCGUUCAACAUCUGCUUGAGCAUAAGGUCUCUCCCAGACUUGAUGGGACCAAUUCCCAGGGACUGACCUCAUUAACAGCCAACUUUUGCUAUCUGUUUAAAUAUAAUGUGCUCCCCGGGGUCGAAGGUCUGUUAAAUCUUUUGAUCAAAACCCAACCUGCAGUUAACUCCCAGGCCUCGUCUCUCAAACCAACAGCAGUUUUAUUUGUGUUCUCGUCCUUUUUUCAAAAUACAAGCUGCUGCCCAUAGUUCAAAGGUCAUUUUCAGUUCACAGCUCCAUGACAAAAUUGAGAAAAUAAUGAAA